AUGAACCAGACAUUAAUAGAGAAGGUUCGAUGCAUAUUGUCUCAAACAAGAUUGAGUAAGGCAUUUUGGGCUGAGGCUAUCAGUUAUUUAGUUCACUUGGUGAAUCGUUUACCUGUUUCUAGAAAUGGUGGGAAAACUCCGCUUGAGGUAUGGUCAGAUACUCCUGUUAGUGAUUAUGAUAAACUGCAUGUGUUUGGGUGUCUUGCUUAUUCUCAUGUGACAGACUCAAAGCUGGAUCCUAGAGCAAAAAAAGACAAGUUUAUGGGCUUUAGCAAAGGCAAAAUUGAAAAUAAUGACGAGGCAUUGAAGCAGGUGGAGAAGGUGGUGUUCUCUCCUGAUAUGGUUGCUCCUACUAAAGAAUCUAUUGAUCAGGUAGAUAAUAACUCUAAUGUCUUAGAAUAG